AUGCCUGCUGCUACACGCCAUCGUUGGAAAGGACUCUUUCAGUCACAGCAGCGCCCAUGCUUCUUACAGCCCUUCCCCUCCUCGAGUGAGGAGCGAACCCCUCACCUCGAGAUCGGUUUUGCAUCACAAACCUGUCGAUUCUUUCCUCCACUGGUUAUUCCCAACCUUCGUGUCCGCUACGGCCAACGAUGCUUUGAACUUGAGAUUGCACCGAUGAACAAUUGCAAUGGUAGUGUUGAUUUGCUCACCAACCCAAAUUACAUUUCUUGGCUGAUGAAGAUGGAGAGCCGACAACAAGAAGCAAUGGUUUCCUUUCCUGGAUACAUUCAGAUCUUAGGAUUUUGCAGAGCUACUUACAUCAGUGGGAUCAUUGGACUUAUGUGGUUGCAAACAGCAAACAAUUCCUUAUUGUUCAGGCUGCUCAGGAUGAGAAUGGCUCACAGAAUGGAUGCUCACUUCGAAGAAGUGCAGGUCUGCCCUGUUCCUGCAUUCCUCAUGCAACUAUGCUUUCCAAGUCACAAGUUAGAAUUUCAGGCUGAGAAUGAAAAGAAUUAUCUUGCGUUGAAGAACAAGCUUUGUGAAGGGUCUCAAGUUCAUCAGCAAGGCCGACGACAGCUCUGA